CCCAUCUUUCAUUUUCACGUUUCUUUUCAAUUGAUUGGCGUCCAUAAGAUUUUGGCUUUAACACGUCAGGUUAUAACUCUUGUGGGCUUCCACCAAUCAACACUUCUUUCCUCAAAACCCUCCCUUUGUUUAGCAGAAUUCUUCUUUUGAUAUAAUCUCAAACAUAGGGCGGAUAUUUAAACAAAAGAAAAGUCUCCUGAUCUCUCGUUAGGUGCCAAAAUAUCUCUUGCCGUCCCUGGAACCAACUGAGAGGGAAAGGAAUAAGGGGACAAAGUAUUAAGUAUCUCUCCCUCUCGCUUCUCUCUCGGAGCUCUCUAGGGGAGGUAGACUCGGAGAGCUGUGAUCAAUUGCGAUUCGUUUUAAUUAAUUUUCUGCGGAGGAAACGACAGAGGAGAACCGUCUCAUUCUUAAUAUAAAACGCGAAAAAUCAGGGCGCAGAGUUUCCCCGUUCCUGCCUUCCUCCUAUCUCUUUCUCCGCCGGCAGAGAGAGUGAUCGGGGAGCCUGCAAGAGUGAUGGUGGUGUGAGCGGAUGGGUGAUCAGAUUGGUGGCGCAGCCACUCAUCAGAAUGGAGCAGCUGCGAACAAAGAAGACGGAAGCAAGCGCGGUGGAGCGGCGGACAAGAGGCCGAGCAAGGAGGCCGAAGGAAAGCCGGCGUCGUGCGUGAUCGAUGUGGGGAGCGAAGGUGCCGCCGCAGAAGGAGAAGGGGAUGGGGAGCGGAUGUGCAGGGUCUGCCAUCUCGGCGGCUCCGACGAGCCGCAGUCGGGGCAGGGCGAGCUCAUCCAUCUCGGCUGUGGCUGCAAGAACGGGCUCGGCCUCGCUCAUCGGCGCUGCGCUGAGGCCUGGUUUACGAUCAGAGGAUGCAGAGGUGCAAGAGAAACGUGGUGGAGGUAGAGAGAUAAGGCGGCCUUUGCUUUUUGACUUUCAACAAAAACGGAACGUUUAGUGACCAGAGCCGUCCUGACCGGUUACCAACUUCCGCAGCGAGGGGGAGAGAGAUAUUUCACUGAAGGCCUCACCUUUUUUACCGAUAUUUCAGGGACAGCCUUGAGGUGUUUUUGUUUAUUAAAACUAAAUGAACAAGCAGCGGCAAAUGAAAAUAUUAAACGCGCUCAUUGAGGCGUUUCUCAAAAUAGUACGAAAGUCAGGGGGCUUUCAGGAUUAGUAUCGAGACGGGGGACUCCUAGAAUAAAGAGGGCGGUCAAAAUGUCACGACGUCGAAUCCAACUGGAACAGCGGUCGUCGGGUAUGUAAUGUAAGCUUGGCGUAUCCGGCGCCUUGCAAAAAAGUUAUAUCUUAAAUGAUGAUAUGAAAUACUGAAAGAACCGUGAAAAGGGCCGAACGCCCAACGCUAUGUAAUAUUUUAUAAUUUUAUUGAUGUCCGAUCAGAAUUUGGCUUCCCCGCUUUCUUAGUUUUUGCUUUCCACUGCUUUCUGGAAUUCUGUAAUUCAUGUUACGAUAACAUUUCCCCGUGUUAUAUAUAUAUAUAUAUAUAUGUUAUUGAGUUCCUAUUUAUAACAGGUUUACUUUAUGUGAAAAUGAUGACCAAAUAUGUUGAUCGAAGAAAAGCUGCAACUUAUUUAUAGAUGACGAGCGUGGCUUGCUUUCUUGAUUAAAGGUCAAGAGCCAAUAAAUGAAUUUUAUAUCUUGAG